CGCUUUCAAAAAGAACUACAAUUCCCAACAAACAGACGCUGAAGGCUUUCGUAUGUUGACUGUCAGAUUUGAUCCAGAUCUUCUUGAAGCGGUUAGAUUGUCAUGAUGGAGGGUGACAGCAACCCACUGUACGAGCAGCGGUUCAACGCUGCUGUCAAAGUCAUCCAGAAUUUACCUUCAAACGGUUCAUUUCAGCCAUCCCAUGACAUGAUGCUGAAAUUUUAUAGUUACUACAAACAAGCAACACAAGGCCCCUGCAACAUUCCUCGUCCAGGAUUCUGGGACCCCGUUGGCAAAGCCAAAUGGGAUGCAUGGAGUUCUCUUGGGGAAAUGCCGAAAGAGGAGGCGAUGGCGGCCUACGUGGAUGAUUUGAAAUUGAUCCUGGAAAGUAUGCCUGUUUCAAGCGAGGUAGAGGAGCUUCUGCAGGUCAUCGGACCUUUCUAUGAGCUGGUGGAUGAGAAGAAGAAGAUAACGCAAGUGUCUGAUUUAAGCUCAGGCUUCGGGAACCUGCUAUCUUCACCGCCCAAAUGUGUCACAAAAAGCAUCAUCAGGACAAUGGAGAUGAAUGGUAAUUUAGAAGGUUAUCCUAUAAAAACUGCAGAAACGCUGAAGGUGAAAUCAACAUAUCUGGAGGACAGAGAAGAUGAUGAGGAAGAGGAUGAAGAAGGGGAGAAAGAUGAAGUAGAGGAGGUCAAAGAGGUGAAAAAAGCAUCACAACCAAAGAAGCGGGCUUCAGCAGGGAGACCUAAAGGACUGGUAUCUAAUGGCAGUAUCGGCCAACAUAAAGGCCUUAGCAAUGGAACGCACGGGUCGAAAUCUGAUCUGAACAGACAGGAGUCAGAAGGAGACUCUGAACACAUGAACCACGAUGGAGGCAUCGUAGAGCUCAAUGGACACCUGAAUAGUGAGGAGGACAAGGAAGAAGAUGUGUCCAGUUCUCACCAUGUGGCCAGUGAUUCAGACAGCGAGGUGUACUGCGACUCUGUGGACCAGUUUGGUGGAGAAGAUGGAUCCGAGAUGCACAUGAACCGCUCUCUGGAAGUGUUGGAGGAGAGCCACAGCACACUGUCCUCCACAGGAGACAUCAGAUCACAGGAUGAUGAGCUGCUGGGACGAGAGGAAGGCGUACAGCACGGUGGAGAAGAUGGACGGGGCAGCAGAGGAGAAGCUCAGAGACAGGGACUUCCUGUCAAAAGAAGUGACAGCUCUGUCGUCAGGAGGGGAAGAGGGUCCAGGUCGCCUGCCUCUGGCUCCGGGUCAGCGGGACCCCAGCAGGGCAGCGGGGGAGACGGAGAGCGCUGGGGGGCGGACGGACCCAUGACAGAGAAUCUAAACGAACAGAUCAUCUGCGCUCUGGCCAGACUGCAGGACGACAUGCAGAGCGUCUUACAGAGACUGCACACGCUUGAAGCUCUGACAGCCUCACAGGCCCGGUCAUUAGCGCUGCCUUCAGACUACCUGACAGCACCUGCAAACAGAAAUAAGAAGAAGCCGUCCUGGUGGCCUUUUGAUGUGUCUCUUGGAACUGUGGCCUUUGCAGUGGUUUGGCCGUUUGUGGUGCAGUGGCUCAUCCGUGUGUAUGUGCAGCGCAGGAGAAGAAGAAUCAACUGAAGCCAAUCACCUGCUGGUUUUCUGGAGAUGCUCCAUGUAUAGGAGGAGGGAGGAGGCCGUGUUUUCUGCCUGUCCUGUGACUUUUGCACUAAGAUGACGACUCUAAGAAUCCGCAAAUGAAAAGACAGACUGAAUGUACGGCACUGCAGCUUACCACAACUUUUCUUUUGUACUUUUUUUAAUGCAACAAAAUUGACAAAUCCCUAAUUUAGGUCAUUUAAAAGUAGAACUGCGGUAAACAGACAUCCAUUAUUAAGGGCAUUAAUUACAAUGUUCACGUCAAAUAUAUACCAUUCAAUGUCCUGCGCACAUACAGUAGCUGCUAAUUGUCGUUAAUACUGUAGCAAAGUGUAAGAUGCACUGAGUACUUUAUAGGGGAUUAUUUCUCUGAUUCUUGGCACAUUUAGGACCCUCGGAAUGCAAAGAAAUCAGGACCACCACAUUAGCUAGUAAUAAUAGUAACGUUUUCUAUUAUAAUAUACAUGUUAAUAUCUAGACUUGGCGUUCGCUCAAGUGAGAUGCGGUGCUGAUCAAAGCCAUAAACGCUUAUGUAACUGACACUUUCCUUUGCAAAUCUGUAGAGAAUUGAGUUCUUCGUCUUCUCAAUAUAACAUGAUGCCUGACAUAUCUGAGUGUGUAGACACUGCAUAUUAAACAUCACUGCAUUAGAUACGAAAUAUUGAAGUGUUAUCUAAUUAAACAAGCACACUUAUCAAGCAAAAUAAUUCAGUUUAAGUGCGUUUUAAAGGGAUAUUUCACCCAAAAAUGAAAAUUCUGUCAUUAUUUACUUUGUAAGUUUCUCCUGUUGAACACAAAGAUACAUAUAAUGAAGAAUAUUCGAAAAAAAUAACCAUUGAUGUUGUAAUUUUAGUUCCUACUAUGGCUGUCUAGCCUUUUUCCUCCCAACAUUUGUGUGUCGAACCACUUAAGUGUGAGGAAACCUUCAUUUUUGGGGGAAAUAUCCAUUUAACGAACACUAGCAAGACUCAAGUGUGCUAAUAUUUUUGGGAUCGACUGUAUUUUACACAUUGAAACAUUUCUCAAUAGGUUACUAAUGUUAAUUUAUGGCUGCGGUGAAUAAUUCGAACGCUAGUGUAGGUAUUGUUUGCAUGUGAAAUCCAAAACCUUUGGUCAAUGUUUGCAGGGCUGAGAUCGAAACUACGUGGUUGAAUGAAAAAGCACUUUGGAUGAACGUGAAGAAGGUGAAAUCAAAUAGGUAAUGCUCAAGGCUGAAUUCUAAUGAAUAAUUUACAUGCUUUUUUUACUAAACCAAGAAAUGUGAGCGUUUUGUUUCAUUGUAGUUUGUGUAAAUGAGUCGAUAAUUCCUUUAAUAAUUGUAUAUUAGAGAUGUGCAAAUAUAUAUAAACAUGAAAAGGUCUAUUUUAAUUGUACUAUACUAUAAUGUAGCAUAUUAUUCAUGUCCGUAAUACUGCCUCGAUUCGUUCAUAUAACCGGAGAGGUUGUUGAUUUAAUGCUUUUGUUCGGAUUAAACACACUUAAAAAUCACCGUAGCAGAUUCUGCAUAAAUAUGAGCAAUGCAUGUUUGGCCAUUGUCAUAACACACAUCAUACAGUAUGUGAGACUUAAGCAUCAUUAAAAGCUUUUGAAAAUCUCA